UCUGCGCUCAGUGCAAUCAAGGAGUGAAACAAGUGAAACGAUGGAACGUAAGCAAGAUUCACAGAGGCUGCUGGAGCUGUCUUUCGGUGAUGAAGUAGAACUUUUCCCUGUGAACAUAAUUGAGCAACGUACGCUCCUAGUGCGCCAGCAUCGCACGUUGCACUGUUUCCGGAUGGAAAAUGGAACCAACCAGCCAACCUGGAAGCUUUUGUGGUCUCGAGAGAACUUCCUGGACAGCGGGGCAGGGCACAAAUUGCUGAUCACCAAUGCCGGUUGGUUGUUAAUCAGAACACGUAAUGGAAUGAAAUUCUACCGCUUGGAAGGGAAAGAUCUGACACCGCGGCAUUACACUACGGACGGGCGAUACCGGUCAAUGUACGGCUGGGAUAUGCCGGGAACCGUGGUGCUAAUGGGGCACUUCUAUGCCGAUCAGGAGCGAGUGGGAGUGCUGAGCCGUAACAAACGUGGUACUGUGAGAUUUGAGCAGAUGGUAGAAAGUGUGGUGCUGGAUGGUGGCAUUCAACCACUAUGGGCAUUGAGCGAAUCGCAUGUGCCUGUUCCGGCCUCAUGGAAGCAGUCAACGACGCACCUAUCAUUGGCCCUAGCUGAUAACAGCCGUCAGAUGGUUAUUGUAGAACGUGCCGCCCCAGGACUGAUUAAUGUACACAAGUUCAACGAAAAUGUAAAACUUCAAACGAUCGCACACUCGGAGGGUGUCGCUUACAGUGGACCAGACCAGGAGGUCAUUGCAUUUGGCAACAUCUUUAGCGGUGGUGAUGGCAUGGAUUUGAUACAGCUGAGUUCUGCAGGACUAACGCUUUUCCAGCGCACGGGAACAUCCUUUCGUGCCGUGUUCCGGAAUUAUCCGUUGGGUAGCACAACGUCCGUUUGGGAGAUGAAACACUGGCGCACGGCUGUCCUGAUGGACGUGGAUGCUGAUGGUAAAGACGAACUUUGGCUGUCCGGACCGCAGGGCAUCGUAGGUUUUCGAUUGUCGGAUGCAGGCGCUCAAAAUAUGGCCGAUGAUUUCGAAUUCCCGGAUGAUGUACGCUAUGCGCGAACCAUGGCCUUGCUGCUUGAUGGUUUAAACGCACCAAUCUUACUGUCAGCCUCAGGACGAUCGCUCAACUCGUUUCGACUCCAACCUUCAGCUGUUAAUCAAACGCAAAUUCCCGAACCCAACAACGGAGGAUUAAACACAGGUGAAAUGGAAGUCUUACAGCCACUGUUUACCAUUAACCUUCACUCCGGCCCGAGGACACAACUUUCCCUCGCAGAACAGCUUGAUACAUCGUUGCUGGCUGAUCCGAUAAAUCCUUUUCUUGGGAAUCUCAACUUUGCGUUGCCCCUCCUCAAAGUGGGCGAUCUGUUCAGCCUUUCAACGACGAAGUAUGUUUUCUAUCAAGAAACAGACAGUGACGGUCCAAUGGGACGAGGUUGGUCUCUGUCGGCGGAUUGCGUGUUUAUCGAUCGUCGUAACAGCAUCUUCUCAGAAGACCAUCGAUACUACCUUUUAAGGAGCGGUUCAGCGACGGAGCUUACACCGAGAGAAAACAACGCGUUAACCUUUGACCUAGCAGGCAGUCCUGAUACGAGCGUCUCUUUCAAUCGCACCUUGAACCAAUGGGUGAUCGUAAACGAGCAGCAGGACGUGUUCACCUACGGUAGCCAUGGUACAAAUCAGUUCGUAAAGAUGGAUAUCGGAUCGGAAAAUUGGCCUUUUCCGCUGGAUGUAGAGAAGUAUAGUGAUCGUAAGGAUACGCAUAUGCCAUCCGUAUGGUAUCUAGUUCAUCACAGCGAUCGUUUGGGCGAUCAGUGGCUGCAGUACUCGUACAUCAAGGAAUCUGGGCAAGAUGAUUUGCUACUAAGCACGAUAGCAACUAGCAGCGGAGGAUUGCUUCAGUUAUCUUACACGAAGCAUUUUGGAAAAAAUCUUUUCACCAACUUUCGUAUCACCACUCCUAGCUACAGCCAAUCCGUGGACUUGCGCUAUGUGCAAACAGACGACCAGGUACGGCUUCAUACUAUCUCUCAGCAGGAUAAAACCGUUCUGCAGUUCACAUACCGUGGUGUUGCUGGAGCCAUGAGUGAGUUCGUUUAUCCAAAUGGUCUUGUAGCUCGGUUCGAUUAUAACCCAUUACAAAUCAACCGAAACGUGCUGAUGAACAGCUUCGAAACAUUCGCCGCCCCAAGAGCAGAGUAUGGCCCCAGCUAUCUGCUGGUGUGUGACGUUACAGCACAUCAUCAGCUGCGGGUCCGGUUACGCGACCACCUUGGAUCAGAUACUAUACCGAUUGCUGGAUCCACUCUUCCUAUGCUCGGGAAGAGACCAGUACUCAACUACGAAGUGUUCACCGGAGAAAAGUUUUUCGCACUGCUGCUAAACCACGGCGACGAAUGGCAAUUGGAGUUAUGUUUGUUUCACAGUGAGGCAGAUGUUUGGCAGGCCAUUCCCACGUAUAUUAAACUUCCGAAAGGUACAGCCGUACGCCGAGGACAGGAUUUUUUGCUCGCUAUUCAAGCGCACCGUGUAACGAUCAUCGAACGAACGAAUGGACAGUGGCGUGCAUUGAAGCCCAUCGAGCACAGCGAGUCCACGUUGUUGUACUUCUUCACGCACGGUUUCCUCGCGUACGAUGAUCAAGUGCUCAAAAUUCACACUCGCCACUCCAGUACAGGUGCGUGGUUGCCUAAGGUUCUUUCUAAUCUUCCGGCUGGUCUCAUCCGAAGCUCCUCGUCCGUGUUCGAUCGGUUCGAUCAUUCAGCAGAAGUUCUCGAUAAUCUGAAGCGUGGUUUGUUACCAGAUGCAUUGGGCAUGUACCACAACGUGAUCGUGUUCCGUGCGCUCACACUCGAAGACACACGGCUGUACGUGGUGCUGUACCUCUUGCACAUGAACAACGAACACCAGGUUGUACGACAGGAAGUGCGCCGUAUUCUUAUUGAAGACCUAGCUACGUACACUUUCAAUCCACCGGAAAUGGAAGGAAACACAUUUCAAUUCGGAUACCGACAGGAAGGGGCGAAGUAUCGCUUGAAGGUGGUCAAGCAUACGGGCAAGAUCUUGGAGGAGAUGGAGAAGAUUAAGGCUCAGGUUGAGCAAGAAAUUCGCGACCAACCGAGAGCACCAGAAGCUGAGAAACAACGCUAUCGCCAGGAGGUUAAUGAUAAACUGAAUUCCCAGCUGAACGAGAUAUAUCAAAACAUCACCACUCAGAUCCCGUUUGCAAUCGAUCCCGGAAAGCUCGGAAUGAUCAUCAACGAAGGAUACAUCCUUACCGCCAGCCAUAAGGUGCAGUUUGAUGGGGUGGAAUGGAAUGAAACACGAAUAGCACAGUCAGAGAUUACACUCGAUCAGCUAUCGUUGCCUCUUGGUCACGAUUAUCGGCUCACAAAGGCGCACCAUAAUGCUACCUUUCAACUGCAAAAGAUCGAUGGAUCGGUGGUGUUUGACACUGAUACAAGCGAUCCCGAUGAGCUACACAUAAGACAUCCUUCCUACAUGGCUGUACAGACAAAUGCUAGCACAACGACGUACUUUUACCACUUCGAUCGUGCAGAGCUCAUGCAGCUACCGGCAAACGAGACUCUCAGUAGGAACAGCAACGCGAUGGCCAUCAUUAGCACCACCCACGAUGGAAAAGCAUUACUGGUUCGUACGCUCAAGUCGUUCAGUGUUACAGUCCAGAAUGUUAUCUGGUGUUAUGAGCUCCUGGAUAGUCGCAAGGAACGGAAAGUGACUUAUCAUUACGAUUUUGAUAGUCGUACUGCAAUUCCUCACGGCAGCGACUUCUUACUAACGGACGUCAGAAUCACUCCAGUUCAUCGCAACGCUCCGUUCGGAUGGUUCCAGGAGAGGUACAAUGUGACGGACUCCACCCAGAGCACAAAGUCAGUGUUUAACUCUGCGGGCAAGUUCGUCAAAGUGCUAGAUCAAUCUGCGUCAUCUGCCGAUGCUCGGGAGGAAGCACCGAUCGAUCAAGAUGGUGCACUGCUUGCACGUGAUGGAAGAACUAUCAUCGCCGAUGUUCGACCCUAUCGUAUAUCGCAAGAUUUGGUUUCAUACUAUGGCUUUGAGCCCUAUGAACGGAACGUCCGCGGAUCGGACGGGCAACGUCGCUGGGCUUGGAGCAAUGGAAAAACACUCGAAGAAAGGGGUAAUCAUUUCUUGCGACUGCCGAAAGGAUCUUCUCUGAGUGGCACAUUUCAGCCGGCGAGUCCUGUCGGUAUGUUGCUAGUAUCGUGCUGGUUACGUACGUCGGGAAAUCUGAACAACUCAUUACUGGUAAAUCAAAACGGAAAAACUGUAAAAGGCGAGGUACGAUUUACCGUUGAAGGAUGGAAGUACAUCGAAGCAUUUAUCGACAGUAAGAGCCGAUUUGAUGUCAAAGUGUCAGCCUCUGCAAACAGUCACAUGGAUGUAGAUCAUCUGAGAGUUUCUCCUAUUCAUUUGAAGCUUGAAAUUCAAAUUUACGAUCACACCACCGGUCUAAGGCGAUCGACCAUGUAUGCCUCAGGGCUGCUGUCUCACUAUCUGCACGAUCGAUAUGGCAAGGAGAUUGCUCACAUAACCGAAGAGGGAACGUUGGACAGUUUUACAUUCCGCUCGCGUGUGCACAACACUCGCAUUGACAUGACACCAUCGCAGGGAGAGCUGCUGAAGGCAACCAAGGCAAACGCUUACGCUGGUGUAUUGAAACAUCAACCGGAUACAGUGGUCCUUAGAUUCCGUUACGCUGGAUCAGAUACCGGAACCGUAACAAUUGCGUUCGACACGCGAAUCUUCCUACUGACAGUUGCCAACAAAGAAGCAACACUGCGCCAACAGCAACAAAGCAUUACGGGGAUCCCCGUAGAAGGUGAACUGGUUAUCUUCUGUACCGGAACCCGAUACAGCAUCUGGGUUGAAGGCAAAUUAAUUUCGGAAAGCUUUGACACAAUCAUUCCACUCCAAAACUAUCGCAUAGAGAGCUCGAAAGUGCACGUUUGGGAGGCGAUCUUGCUGUACGAUGCCACUGUGAAGGUAAUUUACAGUAGUGAUUUCGGUUUACCCAGGCAGUUGGUGGAGCUGAAAGGAUCAAACUCAGUGGCUGUACAAGAGAUCCUGUAUGACGAGUUGAAUCGUCCAGCCAUUAAAACCAAGUGGACAGAGGUGGACUGCACAGAUUCACCAACGCUUUUUGCGUAUCGAGACAAUUUCGUUCGAAAUGAAUCGCACGUUUGGAAAAGCGGCCAAUUAAGUGGACGGGUCGCUGAACUCAAUGAGGACUGCGAGGGUUAUCCCUUUAGCAGGACGGUGUACGCCAAGAUACCGCUGGACGAUCAAAAGAUCAUACAAUCGUUCCCGGGAAAAUCAUUCGCCAUCGACGGUGCCUUUGCCAAACGCUUUGAUACUGGAUCGCGGAUUGACUUUUUGGAAAAUUUAUUCCCCAAGGAACGAGGAUUUAGAUACGAGUAUGAACGCUAUCCCGACCAGUCCGUGUACGUUACGGUGCACGAUAGGGUUCGUAAAUUAAAGGUGGCUUAUUACGUUCGCACGCAUGACGGUGACCAUCGACUAACGACGUAUCAAUAUGACUCGCAGAAUCGUUUGAUUACACAGCUGCCUCCAACGUACCACGACGAAGCCGACACCUUCUCUAGAAUAGAGCCAUUCGAAGAUGGAAGCUUUUCUCCGGAGCAACUGCAACUACAGCAUACCUGGGGCACACGGUACGAGUAUGAUCCAGAGAGUGGUCUUCUUGUUUCGAAACGAACUCCCGAUUCGGGCACGGUGCAAUACCUGUACACACCGGAAGGCCUGCUCCGGUUUGUGGUAUGGCCAAAUCAGCAGAAGGUUAUGUACUUUACCUACUCACCCGUUGGCGAACUAUCGGAAAAGGGUAUGAUCGAAAUGAAAGCGGAUGAGCUAACGAAAUACCUGGCAAAUGACGCUACAUUACCACCUUCCUCAAACUCCGUGUCAUUUGACCACGAUCUAACCGAUCUUGCUCCACAGCAUCGUCACCAUGUACAGAGCUCUUGGAUGAGAGUGAACAAUCGUACACUGGCAGAAAUACUGCUGUUCGACCAACAAGAGCAACUGGUCUCGAGUACGCUCUUCUCAAACAGUAACCACUCGCUAUCGAUUGCAUACACAUAUCGUAAAAAUCAGAUCCAUGAGCUUCAGUAUCCCAUCAAAGUGCAGGACAAAGGGUUUCGUUUACGAUACACCUACGACUUCCGGGGCAAGAUUGCGAGCGUAGCGAAUGUCGCAACCGGUGAGACGUAUGUGGCGAUAGAAAAUAACGCACUGGGCCUCCCGAAAACCCUCACAUUCCAGCCCGCAUCUUCGUAUAGCUACCGCCGUCACUUCAGCUACAAUCAACCGGGUUAUCUAACAAAGAUCGAGGAUCCUUAUCUUACCGAAACGAUCGAUUACACUGGGCGCGGUUACGGCGGUUUGCCGGUUGGCGAUGGAACGGUGCAGAUGACCCACUUCAAUGCGACCUGGCAUAACCAUAGCAAUGCACGAUUGCUGCAGCUGAAAGCCACCCAUUUUGGACCACGCAGAUCGAAACUAUGCUACGAGGCGCUGAAAUCAUCCGGAUAUGUAGAUUCACGCGGUAGACCUACGCGUAGUCUAUAUCCGGCACUCGAGCUCCGGCUACCGAUCUUAUGCCAGUUGGGAACGUAUGGACAUCGCAUAGCAGCGCUACUGGACAGUCGUGGAUUUCCACAACUCUACGGACACCGUUAUGACUACGGAAGCCACCGGCAGAUGAUCCGAGCGAAAUAUUUCCAGAACGAGGAAGAAGCAAAGUUUGAACCACUUCGUAGCGCAUCCUUUGCGGACAUUGAUGGAUUGGAUGCGGCGGCAGCAACUGCCAUUUGGAGCGCUCUAAACGAAGCCGGAUUCGUACACAGUGACUGUCGUCGUCACCAGGCUACUGGUCUUACCGGGUGCCACGGUUUACCUGGAAAAUCUUUGUUUCAUCCUAUCAUUGACCAGCAUUCCAAAGGUGCCCUGCUGGGAGGACUUUUGAUGGUGAUGAUAAAUGCACGAAAGAACCUGUUCGAGGGUGACUUUCAAAGGAUAUGUUCUGCCUGGUAUCGGGACGAGAUAGUGGAUCCUAGCGCAUCGUCCUGCACUACUUUGUGGAGCCUGCUUUUGAACAACAAUUUCGUUGGCAUCAACUCGAACCAUUCCGUGGAAGCGCUUAACCCCGAAUUGCGAACCCUCCUGAAACCAUACAGCGACCAUCUUCCUGCUAUCGUGGGUUUGCUGUUUCGUAAGUUUAGUACCGCGCUUGGUCACAGUUCUGGCGAUGUUCAGUCUUACGGAAUCGACGGUAACGGAAACCAUCGCCACUUUUAUACCGGUUUCCGGCGGUACAGGUUCGACUACGUUGAGGGCACUAACAAAAUUGCCGCUGUUUACCGGAUGAAUUUAACUGCUGAUAACGGCUUGCAGGAAGAACGGCUACCGAUGGAGCACAACGAAGAGGGAAGCGUUACUCGAGCGCUACAUAAAGGCAUUCAACGAAUCACGUACGAUCCUCUGCUUAACCGCCCAGCAGAGAUCGCCAUGACGGAUGGAAGACGAAUUUUAUUUGACUAUAAUGUCCGUGGACAGCGGUUAUCAAAGCGUUGUUACGAUCGCAGUGGAACUUUAACCAGAAAGAAGUACUACGUCCGAGAUGUGCACGGCAAACCGUUGAUCGAGUAUGAAGCAAUGUAUGAUGGGCUUAAAAGCGCCCCCCAAGUGCGAGCUACUAUCUUCAUUUACGCUGACGAUCGGUUGAUAGGGUUUAUGCGGAACGAUCAAUUCUACAGUGUUUCACUCGACCAUGAAGGAUCUGUUAGGCUGGUGGUUCGCAACGGAGAGGUGGUGGCCGCGUACGACUACUUGCCUUACGGUGAACUGCUACGGUCUUAUGGUGAGGAUCCCGAUGGACAGCUUGAUUAUCGUUUCACGGGCAAAGAAUGGGAUGAUGAGACGGGAUUGUACGAUUUCCAUGCAAGAUUGUACGACCCGGAACUGGGACGGUUCUAUCAGAUGGAUCCCAAGGAACAGUACGCCAGCCCUUACGUGUACGCCGGAAAUUCGCCCAUUUCGCUAGUUGAUCCCGAUGGACAGUUUGCGUUCAUCAUUGCAGUCGUCGUUUUUGCCACUGCAGGGGCGUAUCUGGGUGCUGCAUCUGCCAACAACUCGUGGGAUCCUACGAAAUGGACUCUAAAAAAGGCUCUUCUUGGUGGCGUAAUUGGUGGCCUGGUGGGUGGUUUUGCACCCGCAGGCUUUGUCGGAUCCUUUGCAGUGUUAUCUGGUGCAUUUGGUUCGAUCGCUGCUACUGGAAUUUUAGCGACAUCAACCGUUGGCUUUGCAUACUUGAAUAUUGCCGCGGCCAAUGGGAACUGGGAUCCCAGUAAAUGGGAUUGGUCGAAGCCAGGGACUUGGGAUGCUCUCUUUACCGGUGCCAUCACCGGUGGUGGGCUUUUCAAUACUUUAGGUAACGUGCGCAAUGUCUACAGUUCACUCAGCGGGAUGCAUCGUGCAGGAUUCGUGCUACUAACGGGUGGCGUAAGCGGUGGCAUUUUGCUGUACUCUGGCAGCAGAGCCAACAAUGGCAGUUUAAUGUUUUGGGAAUGGGACUGGAGCAAACCGACGACCGUGUGGGGUGCUGUGCAGGGGGCCAAUUUUGGGCUGCAGAUAUCGCCGCAACUGGCAGUCAACGUUCCGGAAAUUGUGCAACGUUUCGAUAAAGUGAAAGAGAUUUUUAAAGCAAUCAAAGCGAAGGACUUCAAAGUCGCCACAGCAUUAGUUAAAGACGAAGUGAAAGCCUGGCGUAGCAUCUAUAGCUCAAUCUCAGGGAACGACCUAGUUCAACACGGUGUGUCUCCUGAUCUGAUGCUAAAGGCCAAAGCAUACAUGCAGAUGCACGGAAAAGAAGAACUUAUGGGAGUGAUUGAAAAUAUUUUGGCUGGUCAAUCAAUUCUUUUCAAAAUCAUUGGUAAAGACGAACGGGAGCGUCGAAGCAUCACGUUCGCUCCCUUAACAAUCUCCAACGAGAGCUAUCUUAGCCCCAGUUACUUGUCUUAUGGAAAAUUAAUCCACGAAACUUCCUCCACGAAGGUUCCAUUGAUGAUCUCCAGUUCAAGCAAAGUAUCAAGCUGGAUCAACAACCUAUUCCAAGGAAUAUUCCGCGUACCGAAUCUGUUCCAACAAUAUUCUUUUAACGAAUCGAACAACAACGUCCAACUUUUCAAGACCAUCAAGCAAGAUGAACAGAGCAAAUUCUUCCACGUUUCGAAUUGCUUUUACCAACCGUCAGAUAGGACGGGAUCGAACAAAUCCACGUGUUACGAAAACCACGGAGUGUCUUACAUUUUCACCUACAAUCAAAUCGACACGCAACCCAUCACCGAGGAUAGUUUUUCGAUUUGCUAUCCAAUAGAGUACGAAGGACUCCCAUCAGUAGCGUGUCCAGGAACCAACAUCACUUACGUUUUCACACCGUAUCGUACGCAUAUCAAUUAUUUGGAUCAUUUGAAUGGCACACUGACUCUGCUAAUGGUGCUUCCCACCAUCGCUAGCAGCUUUACAGCUUUCGUUAAAAACCUGGUAAAUGGCACGACUGUAAGCAGCAGUAAACCCUCCGACGAGGUCUCGAAGGACGAAGUGUUGCAGCUAAUUGAACAGCUGGACAGCGUUCGCAAAGCAGUCGAAGAGUACCGAAUGGUAGGAGCAGGUGGGUCGGAAAAUUGGCGUUGGGUUGAAAACAUAAUGGCAGAUAUCGAUGAGGAUAUUCGCUCGUUUGUCUCGGGCAAUGUGGCCUCUCGUGACGAAUAUGAAGAACUGCAGCAGCGUAUAGUGGCAUUAAAUGAGGAGCUAGUUGAAUCUGCUGAAAUAAUGCUAUUACAAUCCAAUAACGAAGGUCCAAUACAAUCUGCGCAAAUACUAUCGAAACUCCCGGCAAUCAAUGCAGAAUAUAUCGAUACAGCAGCCACACGCCACAUCUCGGUUGACAAAUUUGUUUCAUCGUAUAACCUUCUCCAAACCUCCUUCUAAUCUUUGUAAUUUUAAAUCUAAUUGAACAUUGAAUAAACACGUGU